AUGGGAGAAGAUGAGGAAAUGGUCGAUUUUGAUGCCGCGCAGGAGAGGGUGGUCGACUGGGAGCAGGGUUUGCCGACCUUGGAGGAUUUGACGCCCCUCUCGCAGACGCUGAUCCCACCGGAGCUCGCUUUGGCUUUCACCAUCACAUUGGAUCCUUGUCGGACCAUCCUGGAUGUGAACCGUGCUUCCCAAAACACCAUCACAAGGCUCCGGCACCGUGUCAACCCGCUCUCUGAAAAUCUAAAAUCGGGAAGGGGGAGGGGAGGGGGAACUGGGAAGGGGAAGGGGGAGGGAGAUGGGAAGGGGACGGGAAGGAGGAGGGAGCCCGUCGGGGGGAACUGGGAAGGGGAAAGGGGAGGGGGAACUGAGAGGGGGAAGGGGGAGGAAGACGAGAAGGGGGAAGGGGACGGGAAGGAGGAGGGAGCCCGUCGGGGGAACUGGGAAGGGGAAAGGGGAGGGGGAACUGAGAAGGGGAAGGGGGAGGGAGCCCGUGGGGGGAAGUGGGAAAUGGAGGGGGAACUAGGAAGUUGGAGGAAGACGGGAAGGGGGAAGGAGAUGGGAAGUGGGGAAGGCUGA